AAAGUUGCCAAUAAAAUGCAAUGAAAGAGUAUUCCAAAAAUUGAGUAAGAUAAGUCAGUUUCAUAGUUUCAUAUAUAUAUAUAUAUGUAUAUAUAUGUAUAGAUCUUGCGUUUUCGGACGUUAUCCACGUGCAUUGGUAUUACAAAGAGAAAUUUGUAAAAAAAAAUGGAAUGUGAAUCAAUGCAAGAGAUUGAUGAGAAUAUGGAAGAAAAUAGCAAUGAUAGUGACAAAGAAGAUUCUACAGAAAAUGAUGAAGUACAAGAAAAAAAAAUAUAUCUUCCUGGAAAGCCUUUGAGAAAAGAAGAAGAACUUGUGGUGGAUAAAACAGCAUAUCGAAUGUUACAUCAUGCACAAUCUGGUGCUCCUUGUCUUAGUUUUGAUAUAAUUUUAGAUAAUUUAGGUAAUAACAGAGAAGAUUAUCCAUUAAGUAUGUAUCUUGUGGCUGGAACUCAAGCUGCUAAAACACAUAUUAAUAAUCUUCUUGUCAUGAAGAUGGAAAAUUUGUAUAAUAUAAAGGACGAUUCUGAUGAUGAAUCAGAUGAUGAAUUAAAUGAUGAAGAUCAAAAUAAACCAAAAAUGUCUAUUGCACCAAUAAAGCAUCAAGGUUGCGUCAAUAGAGUUAGAUAUACAAGAAUUGGAAAAAAAACUUUAGCAGCAAGUUGGAGUGAAUUAGGUCGUGUACAUAUUUGGAAUUUAGAUAAACAAUUAAAUGCACUUGAUAAUGAUGAAUUACUUCGUAUAUAUCGUAAAAAAUAUGAAAAAAAUGAUGAGAAUAUCAAACCAUUAUUUAGUUUUAAAGGACAUCUUUCAGAAGGAUAUGGACUUGAUUGGUGUUCAACAGAAAUAGGCAUGUUAGCUUCUGGUGAUUGUAAGGGUAAUAUUCAUAUAUGGAACAUUAGUGAUAAUGAUAAUUCUCCAACAUGGCAUGUGGAUCAAAGACCUUAUAAUUCACAUGCACCACAUAGUGUUGAAGAUAUUCAAUGGUCACCAAAUGAAAGACAUGUACUUGCUUCAUGCUCUGUUGAUAAAAGUAUUAAAAUUUGGGAUACAAGAGCAAGUCCACAAUCUGCCUGUAUGUUAACAGCAUUUGGUACACAUACUGCUGAUGUUAAUGUUAUUUCAUGGAAUCGUAAAGAAACUCAGUUUCUUGUGUCUGGUGGUGAUGAUGGUUUGAUUUGUGUAUGGGAUUUACGUCAGUUUGGUUCUAAUGGUUCAAGUCCAUUAGCUAUAUUUAAACAACAUAUUGCACCUGUUACAACAGUAGAAUGGCAUCCUCAAGAAGCCACUGUGUUUGCUUCUGGUGGAGCUGAUGAUCAAAUUGCUCAAUGGGAUUUAUCAGUAGAAGCUGAUGAAUUAGAAGAAAUAGAACAUAGUGAAUUAAAGAAAUUGCCACCACAGUUGUUAUUUAUACAUCAAGGUCAAACUGAUAUAAAAGAAUUGCAUUGGCAUCCUCAAUGUUCUGGUACUAUAAUAUCAACAGCUCAUUCAGGAUUUAACAUAUUUCGUACAAUUAGUGUAUAAUAAAUCUAUUUUUUUAAGAAUAUAAUAUUUAUAAAAUAA